AUGCGAUCCGUGUCCGCCGCGGCGCACGUGGUCUGACCCCGCUCGACCAGACCUUGCUCAAUGCACCCGAAAUCGCGGUCAGUCCCGACCGGACUCGGACCAGGUCGGGUAGACGCACCCAGCUCACAUUAUUCUGCAUGGGCGUAUAGAAUGGAUGGAACACCCUUCUUGGAGCGAUUAGGACCCGCAACAGCUUGCCCGACGACAUCAGGGAGCUCAUGGUACGUUUCGGCGACAAUCUGCUGCGCCGCCCCCACUUGGGACGAGUGGCCGCCGGAAUGCUCCUUCCCGGGUGCUCAGCCUUACAUCUUCCAUGAGUUCAUCAACAGAUCUUGCGUGUCGCUGCUCGCAACUCGGCCACGUUUGAGUGGAUUCGUACGUACCAGCUUUCGAUCGCUUACAGCUGCACAGGCAUCGACUGAAGAUCUUUCCCCCCCCCCGGCGCCUCCGAGCAGACCACGCCCACGUCGGUGAAGCCGCCGGAUUGACCGCGCCCCAACUGUCGACCAUCCGUGACUGCCACACACCUUUGCCCACACCCGAAGCUCCCGGUUUCCUGUCGCCCUUCCAGGCCGCCGCUCUCCGCUUCGCGGAUGCCUCGACCUUCAACGUCCACGUCCCGCAAGCGCGCAUCGACGACCUCAAAAAGUACCUCAAAGAUGACCAGCAACUCCUCGAAGCGACCGCCGUCGCUGCGACCUACAACAUGGUCUCGAGAUUGCUCGUCACUCUUGACGUCGGCGACUACCGAGCCGUGACUGUGCCUCUGCCCGGAACGACCCAAGAGGAACACGAUGUCGAGAUCGAGCAGGGCGUCACCUUGCACGUCAAGGUCGCCAAGCGGAGCGACGAGGCCAAGUGGCUCGUCUUUGUCAACUCGUUGAUGACCAACAGCACCAUGUGGGACGAGGUUUUACCUCGCUUGAGCAAGACCUACAACCUCCUCACGUACGACCAACGAGGCCAUGGUCAAUCCUCGGUCCCGCCCGAGAAGUGUACGCUCGAGCAACUCUCGAACGAUAUCGCCAAGAUCCUCGAGAAGCUGUCGAUCCCUACCCCCGUCCAUGCCGUCAUUGGUGUCUCGCAAGGUGGAGCGACGACGCUCUCGUUGGCGCACACCCACCCCGAAGUAUUUGAACGUCUCGUCACGUGCGAUACGCAAGCGACUUCCCCCGCCGCCAACUCGAAAGCGUGGGACGAGCGCAUCGCCCUCGCUCGAUCGGAGGGUAUGACCCCAUUGGCCGACGUGACGGUCCCUCGUUGGUUCCCGGCUUUGAGUGAAUAUGUUGAAGGGGGUCGAAAGGAGGCUUGGGUCCACGAUAUGAUCACUUCGACCCCAGUCGAAGGGUUCGCGGCAAGUGCUGCCGCUCUUCAAGGCUAUGAUGUCGCACCUGGGUUGGGUCGGGCGUUGAAGGGAAAGAAGGUCUUAUUCCUUGCUGGGGAGAGGGAUGGAGCACUUCCUGGGGUGCUAAAGGGUGUCAAGGAUGGUCUGGAGAAGGAAGGGUGCGAUAUCGCGUUCGAGGUCAUCCCUGGCGCUGGACACUUGCCCAUGGUCGAUUCGCCGAGGAAGUGGGGUGAGGUCGUCGAGAACUUUUUGCGGUAG